GCUCACGCUCCGUGGAUCUCACACCGGAAAUGUAGUUCUCUGCUCGCUCUGUGCGGGUAGUGUGGCGCGGGAGAUCCAGGCAACGCUGUGUACAUAUAAACUUCUGUCUGGAGGGGAAACAAAAUCAAUAAAUAGUUUUCUUUCAUCUUUUUAUCUGUAAUUUUUUGGGGGGAAAUACUGCCAUUUGGAACAAUAAAAAACCCACAAGAAGUCCCGCUCAUCACGGUGAAGAUGCCUCGUAGACGACCGGUAAGAACAAAUAGACAUAUGGCUGGGAGUGGUUCAGAUGGGACUGAAGAUUCAGACUCUUCCGCUGAGCGGGAACAGACCAAUAGUUCAGAAAGCGAUGGGAACAUGCCUAAGAGACAGCGCCUCACCAGAGCCUCUACUCGCCUUAGCCAAAGCUCUCAGGAUACCCCGGACUUGAAGCGAGCUGCGGACCAUGAUGAGUCUCCACCGUUGACACCCACAGGAAAUGCGCCCUCCUCUGAAUCUGAACUGGACAUCUCUAGCCCCAACGCCUCCCACGAUGAGAGCCAGGCCAAAGACCAAACCAACAGAGACUCAGAUAAGGACCUCUCCCAUCGACCUAAGCGCCGCCGCUGUCACGAGACCUACAACUUCAACAUGAAAUGCCCUACACCGGGAUGCAAUUCACUUGGUCACCUCACAGGGAAACACGAACGCCAUUUUGCUGUAUCAGGUUGCCCGCUUUACCACAAUCUUUCUGCUGAUGAAUGCAAGGUAAAAGCCAUCAGCCGUGAGAAACAAGAGGAGGAGGUGAAGGGGCAGGAAGAAAGCAACUCGCGCCAUGCAACUCGUCACCAGACACCAACAUCAAAACAGAGCAGAUACAAAGAGCAGGUGGCUGAGCUAAGGAAGGGACGAAACUCUGGCCUUCAGAAGGAGCAGAAAGAAAAGCACAUGGAGCAUCGGCAGACACACGGCAACACCAGAGAGCCUCUGCUGGAAAACAUCACCAGUGAUUAUGACCUGGAGCUCUUCAGGAAAGCCCAGGCCCGUGCAUCUGAAGACCUGGAGAAGCUGCGUAUCCAGGGUCAGAUCACAGAGGGCAGCAACAUGAUUAAGACCAUCCUGUUUGGCCGUUACGAGCUCGACACCUGGUACCACUCACCCUAUCCUGAGGAGUAUGCACGCUUGGGUCGCCUCUACGUCUGUGAAUUCUGCCUCAAGUACAUGAAGAGCCAGACCAUUCUCAGGCGGCACAUGGCCAAAUGCGUGUGGAAGCAUCCUCCAGGAGAUGAGGUGUACAGAAAAGGAGCUAUAUCUGUGUUUGAAGUUGACGGCAAAAAGAACAAGAUCUACUGCCAGAAUCUGUGUUUACUCGCCAAACUGUUUUUGGACCACAAAACUCUAUACUACGACGUGGAGCCUUUUCUCUUCUACGUCAUGACUGAGGCCGACAACACCGGCUGCCAUUUAGUGGGAUACUUUUCCAAGGAAAAGAAUUCCUUCCUGAACUACAAUGUAUCCUGCAUCCUGACAAUGCCACAGUACAUGAGGCAAGGUUUUGGCAAGAUGCUCAUUGACUUCAGCUACCUGCUGUCCAAAGUGGAGGAGAAGGUGGGCUCACCGGAGAGGCCCCUGUCCGACCUGGGCCUCAUCAGUUACCGUAGCUACUGGAAGGAAGUAUUACUCCGAUACAUGUACAAUUUCCAGGGGAAGGAAAUCUCCAUCAAAGAGAUCAGUCAGGAAACUGCUGUCAAUCCGGUGGACAUCGUGAGCACACUGCAGUCUCUGCAGAUGCUGAAGUAUUGGAAGGGAAAGCACUUGGUGUUGAAGCGGCAGGACCUAAUCGAUGAGUGGAAAGCGAAGGAGAUCAAGCGAGGCAACAGCAACAAAACUAUCGACCCGAGCUCACUAAAAUGGACCCCUCCCAAAGGGACAUAAGCACUAAGCUCCUCAGGCUACUGAAUGAACUCACCUCCAGCCUCACCAGCCACAAGUAGCCUAGACCUAUGAACUGUCAAUAAAGACCAGUGUUUUUUUCUCUCUUUCAUGUUUUUACCCUGCUUAUUUGUGUCCUGGAACUUUUUUUUUUUUUUUUUACUUUUAUAUUUUACUUUUGUUUAUAUAUUUUAAACGCCAUACGCUCCAGGUCCAAUGAUUCUUGAUUACAACAUUGUCAAACAAUGUAGAGAAUCUGUUUGUCCUCUGUUUUAAACCUGCCUGCAUCUACUCAGCUUUGAAUGUUAAAUGAUAAAUGGUCCAGUGUGGUGGAUAACAUGAAUGUUUUGCUUUGCUCAUGCAAAAGAAAAACAAAAAAAAAACAUUUACAUGUGGCAGCAUUUACAAGCUGCUGUUUUUAUUUCAUUCAAGAAAUGUGCAUUUUAAAGAUGGUAGCUGUUUUUGUUUGGGGUUAAUACAAAUAAUUGUUAGCAUGAAUCGAAACUGAGUGUAUUUUGAGGAGUAUGAUGUAUGGUAAUGUCUUUGGUUGGUGUAAAAAUUGUAUAGAUCAUAAUAAUAUGUACUUCUUUUCUUUAGCUCCAUCAAUACAGGAUUGGGACCCAUUCCUCUGAUGAACCUGCCAAAUAAUGGAAUAAUGAAUUCAAAUAUUUUUAAUUUGCUGAGAAUAUAAAAAAAAGAAUGAUGACAAUACCACUUUAAGAAUGCACAUAGAAAUAAAACAACCUCAGGUUUUUAUACUGAUACAAUCGUACCUUGCUCGUGUGGUUUCUCCAAAACAUGGAUCGCAGUGGUUGUUGCAGAAGGAACUAUUCCGGUUAAAGACUCUGUAAUACACAGAAAACAUUUGAACUCAACAUGUCUUUGCUUUGUACUUUUAAUCCUAGUUGUUAAAUGUGUAUUAGCAAUUUGAUAUU